AUGGACGAGGAUGAGGAGGACGACGAGGAAGAUGUGGACGAGGAUGACGAGGAAGGCAUGGACGAGGAUGAGGAGGACGACGAGGAAGGUGUGGACAAGGACGACGAGGAAGACGUGGACGAGGAUGACGAGGACGUCGAGGAAGGCUUGGGCGAGGAUGACGAGGACGACGAGGAAGGCAUGGACGAGGACGACGAGGAGGGAGAUGAUGAGGACGUCGAGGAAGGCUUGGACGAGGAUGACGAGGACGACGAGGAACGCGUGGACGAGGAAGACGAGGCGGAGUUCUAUCUCGGUGAAUCGGCCUUGAUGGCGGAGCAGACCGCUAUCCUGGAGUCCAUCCAAGAUGAGGCGUAUGUGGAGUCCAACCGGCGCUUCCUCUGGGAAGAUUAG